AUGGCAACGGUGUACAUGUACAAAGCCACUACACACAUAUGGCAUACACGCGGAUUGGAACCUGGGACAAAGCAGGCGUCUAUGUUUAUGGUUGCUAUCCCAUUUAUUAUUAUCUCAAGCAUCGUCGUAUUUUUGCGCUUCCAUGUACGCUGGAACCUGCUACGCUCAAAACUGACUGCGGAUGACUGUGAGAAUGUCCUUGACACCGCACCACAACCUUGCCUAACCCCAUAUUGCACAGGGUUAAUCCUCAGUGGCACAUUCUUCACCAUAUUACUAUCAGUAGCUAAUAUGAUAUCGGUCAACAUUCCCACUCAGAAUCUUACACCCAUGUUGAAAGCCAAUCUAGCAACUCGACUUCUCUACGUUGUGGCAAUCUGCCUCGUGAAAUUCAGCAUCCUCGUGUUUUACCGAGAACUAGAUCCACGAAAAGGCACUAGAUUGAUAGUGUAUGUUCUAAUGGCGUCAGUUGCCGUGCUCAGCAUUGUGACCUUCUUCGUCUUGCUUUUUGUAUGCACACCACCGUCUUUAUUCUGGGAUCUCCAAGGCCAGGCUCGAAACCCCGAGAAGUGUAUUCCACAGAGCACCCAACAAGUGUUCUUCAAUACGAAUGGAAUCAUCAAUAUCGUUCAAGACAUCGCAAUAUACGUCCUACCGCUGUCCAUUGUGUGGAAACUUCAAAUGCCACGACGACAAAAAGUGGCUUUGUGCACACUCUUAUGUGUUGGCCUGAUCGCUGUUGCGGCUGGCUGUGUGCGAUUGUAUUACGUGCUCUUCCUCGCCAAUGACGCAGAUACUUGGUACUAUAUGGCAGAUUCACUGAAUUGGUGCAGUAUUGAAAUAUAUGCUGCGAUCAUCUGCAACUCGGCGUCCACAUUCAGAGCCAUACUGACCACAUAUAUUCCGAAACUCUGGGGGAGCAGUCCAAGUCGUAGCGGCUACUCUAAUUACCGGGAUCCGAAGGAGCAGUCGCGAGAAGAUGCCAUUGCACUCAAGCCUUCACGUGGAUUGGUCCAUAAGUCUUUGAGCAAUCGCAUGUAUGGCAUUACUGAUGUAACAGAGAUUGGCAAUGGUAGCGAGGAGGCAAUCAUAACGCCUGAAAUAGUCAAAGAUACGAACAUCGAGAUAUCGAGCAUGAAGAGGCCAUGA